ACAUUUUCUAUGUAAAAAAAAAAAUCCAAAUUUGUAGAACAUAUUUUUUUUUGUUUGUGUGUGUUUUUUUUUACCAUUAUUGUUGAUAGUGGCACCCUCAUUGACUAGAAAUGUUAAAAUUGGCACUCCAUGUCUCAAAGGUUGCCGACCCCUGCCUUAAAGUAUUUUUUCCCAUUUUAAAAUAAAUGAAAAACGUUUAUUUUUCAAUUUUAAACACAGUUUGGAAGAGUUUUCAUCUAUUGACUAUGUUUAUGUUAUGGCAGAAUAAAUUAAAACAUAUAAUGAUUUAUGUAAUGUCAUUUCACUUUUAUAAGUUACGUAUAAGUUGAAAGAAAGACAUAAAAAGUGCUUUUUGCUUAUGGCCACAAGCCAUCUUGGAGAAACAGCAAACGUGGAAGAAGGUUCUGUGUUCGGAUGAGGCUAAAAUAUAUAUAUUUUUGUUUUUGGCCUAAUUGUAAAGUGCUAUGUGUGGUGGAAAAGUAACACUGCUCAUCACCAUAAACACACCAUCCCUACUGCAAAACACAGAGUCAGCAUCAUGCUGUGGGGAUGCUUUUCUUCAGCAGGAACAGGAAGGCUGGUCAGAGUUGAUGGGAAGAUGGGUGGAGCGAAAUACAGGGCAAUCUGCAAAAGACCUUCCGACAUGACAAUGACCCUAAACAUACAGUCAGAGGUACAGUGGAAUGGUUUAGAUCAAAGAAUAUUCAUGUGUUAAAAUGGCUAUCAGAAUGGGUAUCAGAGCUCCCAAAACAAUUGGAAAAUAUCCUGCGCCAUCUGGAUAGCUCAUGUGUUUAUUUACAACAAUGUAAAUCAUCUUUGAAAAAAAAAACAGUAAAUAACUCUCAAAGAUUAAUAAAAUAUUUAUAAUAUACAUGUUUGUAAUUUUACUGCAGGGCUUCCAAUCACUGAUCAACUUCACAGCCACAGAUCCAGCACUUAAGCUGCUGAUUGGCUCCCUCUAUUGGAUUUAUCAUGAAACCUCACCCAAACUCAACCUGUUUCUAAUACUGACUGAAAGGUGCACUAAACUCCCUGAUUUUAGCUGACUCACCGCUCAGCUCAAAUUUGAAAAAAAAAUGCUAAAAAUGGGAGGGGUAGUUUGGGAGGAGCACUGGGUGAUGUAUGGGUUUAGAGGCAGGGCAGGAGGGAGAGCUGAUUGGCUGUGGCAGUGAGACCCUGCUAUCAGAGACUGAUCUGCAUAUUGUAAGUGUCUACAAACUAAAGUACACGGACACAUUAUCCUUGCCUACAACACAGUUAAAGUUGAGAGGGUGCUCCAGAGGCGGAAAUGUCCACAAAAAAAAAUACAGGUAAGGAAAUGUUUAUAAACAUUUUAAGCAGGACCGGUAUGCUUCAUUACUUCAGAUUUCAGCUAUUAAUGGAAAACGGAUUUAAAUAAACUUUCAAUACCCCUACAUUGACAAAAAACUUUAACUCAAACAGAGUUUGAGCUUGAGCUGUUUUGUAAAGAAGAAUGAGCAAAAAUCUCAGUCUCUAGAUGUGCAAAGUUGGUGGAGACAAACUUCAAAAGACCUACAGCUGAAAUUGUAACUGUAAUGUUUUUAUCUGCUAUUAAUGUAGUGUUCCUAAUCAUCAGAUCCUCGGUAGAAAAAAAAACUUCCUCAAAGACUUUCCACAUUUAGUUGCAACACUUCACUUUGAGAAUUACAACACCUCGCCACAAAAACACACACACACACACACACACACACACACACAAUUUCAGAGCUGAAGAGAGUCAUAUACACACACACACUUCUACACAGUAUCACUCUUAUCAGUAUCACAGUCUUAUCCGGGCAGAAUGGAGAUGAGAGAUACUAUGUAUGUGAACGUGGAGAAAACUGCAGACGGCAGAUCUGAUUCAGAAGAGCAUCAAUAUGAAGACGUCUAUGAGAAUUCACAGGUUAAUCCUCACCAUCAGCAGAACACACCUGGAGCAAGUCCUCAGAAGACAGGAAAGCGACGCUACAGACUGGUUGCCGUGGUUCUGGGGCUGCUGUGUGUUCUCCUGCUGACUGCCAUCAUACUGCUGUGGAUCCAGUUCUCUGCAGAGCAAGACCACCUACAGUCCAGAUUGUUGAAUAUGACAAAUGAAUGGGAUGAAUUAAAAAUGUAUCAGCCCCAGACUGAGGCUGAGGCUGAAGUUUUUCGGGGUGUCAUUGCAUAUUUGGCUGAAGCCAAGCAGCAGGGCUGGAAACUGUUCCACACCAGUCUUUACCACAUUUCUACUGAGGAGAAAACCUGGAGUGAGAGCAGAGAGGACUGCUUAGGCAAAGGAGCAGAUCUGGUGAUCAUCAACAGUGAAGAAGAACAGGAAUUCCUUGUUAAAACCUUGGACAAGGAACGGGCUUGGAUCGGUCUGAUCCGCAGUGACUCGGAGGUCGCCUGGGAAUGGGUGGAUGGAUCUGAACUGACCACUAACUACUGGAGCCGUGGAGAACCAAACAAUCAUAAAGAUAGUGAACAUUGUGCUGAAUUCCGUGGGAUCCCAAUUAAAAACAACUGGAACGACAGGCAAUGCACCAUCACAGGAGGCUGGGUCUGUGAGAAAACCAUCUUAAACUAGAUGCAGGAAGUGGUAAUGAGAAUGCUGUCUGGGACUUGAGACUGAGCCUGAGACACUGGCUGUGCUACAGGGAUGGUUCACAUGACAAUCAAAAUUUGGGAAGUUUGAGGUACAGUAUCUAUUAGGGGAUCGGAGCUGAAUUGCGCAUGUGAUCCUCUACUUGAUGUGUAACUAAUGAAACUGGAAAUUCAGCAGCUUCUCUUCUGCACUUCUCUUUUUCUAGAGGUCAGGUUCAUUCAUAAACUUUGAACGUGACACUCAUAUGUCUGGUCUUCAGCCUCACAGAGUCUGAUAAGUGGGUGAUGAGUCAUUAUAGCCCCUUUUUUAUUUCUCACAAGUAAACUUGUGUCAAAAUUCAGUUUUUAAUAAAGGGAGAAAAAGAGAGAAAACAAUCCAAACCUACAUGGCCCUGUGUAAAAAAAAAGUUACCCCAAGAGUGCAGUGAUGACUCAUCCAAGAGGUCACGUAUACCCAACAUGGCAGAGUGCCAGGACUAAAACCACUUCUGAGCAAAAAAACAACGUUAAGUCCCGUCUCAGUUUUGGCAGAAAACAUCUUGAUGAUCCCCAAGACUUUUGGGAAAAUACUCUGUGGACUGGCGAAACAAAAGUUGAACAAACACCUUAUCGCAGUUGUUGCUGCUAAGGGUGGCCUAAUCAGUUAUUAGGUUUAUAGGGCAAAAACUUUUUUACACAGGGCCAUGUAUUCAUUUAAAAAUUGCAUUUUGUUUACCUGUGUUGUCUUUGACUUAUAUUUUAUUUAGUUUGAUGAAGGGGGCAAACACUUUUUCACACCACUAUAUGUACAGAACCCAAUAUUUUAGUAUUCCAAGAUAAACACAAUUUCUCUACAACUUUUCUAGUCUAACUUUCAUGCACGUUAAUGGAAGGACAUUGUUUUUGUGAAAUAUGUUUGUUUCCAUCAUUAUGAAAGGUUGACACAUUUUAACAGCUUGGUCCUUUUUCAAGUGAAAUAAAGUGAUAGAAUUUAGAAGUUAUUUAGACAUUUAAUUUAAAUAGCAGCCCUCUGAUAAGAAAUAGACAGCAGCAAAACACUUUAGAGUGUUUUGGAAUGACUUACUUCCCCUUGCAGAAGUGCUUUAGCUGACAGACCACAUGAUUGAAAUAACUUUAUUUUGACUUUUUCAUAUUGUAAGAUCAUAUUGCCUGUGUGUUCUGGGUCAUUGUCUUUUUGCAUGACCCAACAGUGUUUCAGCCUUAGCUUAUGGACAGAUGACUACAUAUUCUCUUUUAGGUGGCUUUUGCAUUUGUACAUCUGUACCUUCCUUAGUUAUUUAACCUUUCUAUAUAAAUACAAGACUCUAUUCCAGACUGUACAAGACUGUUUUACCUUUAUCUUUGCAAAGUAUUGCCAACAUAAUUUAUAAUCUGUUUAACUGAUGUUAGUUCUAUUAUACUUAAUAAACAUCUGAUCUAUUCAUCCAAGUCUGACCUUCCUACUCUUUUUAAGAUGUCAUAAGCCCUAUCUUAACAGGAUUAGUUUCUCAGGAGAUUAUGGGGUUAUUGUCUCUUUUAUGGGGGGUCCUCUGUGAUUUUAUUCCCAUCUGGAACGACCAUGUACAUGUUUUUCUCAGACUCUGUCCUCUGAGAAAAUUACAGGCUGAAUUAUCUACUGUUUUUUUUCUGAACUCCGUGGUCCUCUGGUAAUUUUAGUCCUGUCCGGACGCACAUCUCUGAGUUUCGUCACCUCAUGUUUAAUAAAAUAGCUGUUUGUCCACUGCUACGCACCGUAAUUACACUUUGGACAUGCGUUUCCAUGGAGAUCCCUGUAAACACCAAAGAAAGCCUAAAAACUCACUGGUCCUCCUGUUUUUUCAAUUGCAGUCCGGAUGCAGGAGUUUUAUCACUAAGUAGAAGUGUGAAAUAUUUUUCACAGACGUCCCCCCCGAGAACUAAUCCCGUCCGGAUAAGGCUAUAGUGUUCUUUUUCUUAAAUGUAAAAAACUAAAAUGUAAAAUAUUUACAUUUUAUGUCUAAUAACUUCUCAUUAUUUCUUGCAGAGUAAUUUAGUCUUACUUCCCCUUGCAGAACUACUUUAGCACAGGGAUAUACCACAGAUCAGAACACAAGAUCUAAAUAAGGUUAUGGCCUCCUUGACUAUGACUACACU